AUGUUCAACGGCGUCCCUCGAGAACUCGGCGUCCGUGGUCCUCAUCUCUGGCGGAGACACCUCCUGCCUGGCUCCACCGAUGCGCUUUACUUCAACUCCUGGGUCAGUGGGUAUCGGUUCCUGCCCGAUGGCUCCGCCGGUAAAUCGAACGGGUUUAUUAACCCCGCCCCGAACAAACCAUCUCUACUGCUGGCCGGCUCGGGCGCCUUUUUCCGCAAGCCAAAGCGGCAGUAUGUGGGCGUGACUCCCGUCGUGGCCACCGAUCAUGGGAUUUCCAACGACGGCACGGGGGACCAGGCCAGGGCCAUUAAUGAACUCCUAUCAAGCUACCUGGGUUCAGUCAUUUUCUUCCCUGCUGGUGUAUAUCUGGUUGAAAGCACCGUCCAUAUUCCCAUCGGGAGCAAGAUCAUUGGCUCCGGUUGGAGCCAGAUUAUGGGGACUGGAUCCGCAUUCGAGGACGAGAGUAAUCCCACCGUUGUGGUGCGGGUGGGUCAGAAGGGGGACCAGGGAAUGGUAGAGAUUACGGAUAUGCUCUUCACCGUCAAGGGAUCCACCGCCGGUGCAGUGCUGAUGGAAUGGAAUGUACACGAGAGUACCCAAGGCAGCGCCGCCAUGUGGGAAAGUCACUUCCGCGUCAGUGGCGCCAACGGCAGCAAUCUGGGUCUUGCUGAUCGUCUCAUCGGAGGGGACGCGGUGAACAAAAAGUGCAUGGGUGCCUCGAUGUUGAUGCACAUCACCAGCUACGCGUCAGGCUACUUUGAAAAUGUCUGGGCGUGGGUGGCAGACCAUGACUUAGACAGUCCUCUGAAUGCGCUUGCCACCGAAAGUCCUGCUGGCGUGCCGCUGAAUGUUCAGACCGAUAUCUCAGUCUACGUUGGACGGGGCAUACUUAUCGAGUCUCAGGGGCCAACGUGGCUCUACGGCACGGCCAGCGAGCAUGCGCAAAUCAAAAAAAUCUACAUGGGUCAUAUGCAGACAGAGACGCCCUACUACCAGCCCAAGCCCAAUGCCCUCUCGCCCUACACGGCCAACACCUACUUCCUCUCGGACCCAACGUACAAGGACUGCUCGGAUGACCUCUGUCGGGGCGCGUGGGCGCUCCGACUCCUCAACUCAACCGAUGUCUUCAUCUACUCGGCGGGAUUCUAUUCCUGGUUUCAGGCCUACGACGAGAGCUGCGUAUCCGUCGAGCACUGCCAGCAGUCCCUCAUCCAGACCAAUUAUGCAAAGGGACUGUGGAUGUACAACAUCUUCACCAAAGGCAACGUAGAGGUUGUGUCGCCUGAGGGAGGCCUGCCCGCAUUGCUCUUCAACGACACAACGCGGAAUGGUUUCACCAGCGAGAUUGCAGCGUGGCUGUCCCUGUCAACCGGUGGAGGAGACAUUGGAUCUGACGGCGACGACUCGGGAGAGGUUUAUAUUGAUCCCGUCAUCUGGAGUGAACCAGAUGAUGGCAGGAAUAUCUCCUGCUACCCGCCGUGCACCUACGUAUUGCCUCCCACAACGCUGCCAACUCCAAGAACAUUUGUGUAUCCGACUCUGGUGACGGGCAUUGGUGUUGGCUACGAGGUGCCCACCUACUACGUUUACAUGGGGAGUACUACCACCACGACCACGAUUACGCUCCUGUGA